AUGACGGUGCAGGCCAACGCGUCCAAACAACGCGUCGACGCGUCGAUUCAACCAUCCUCUAGUGACAUGUCCUGGAGUGACCAUCUCAGGAAAGCGAAAGCCUACCUGAAAGUUUCAAAACUGGAUGAAGCACUCAACGAACUCGAUCAUGCGGUCGGUGCCGGUGGUGCUGACCAGUCCGCUGUCUACAAUACCCGUUCUUCCGUGUUUCAACGCCAGAAGAAGCACAAGCGUGCCUUGCAGGACGUGAAGAAAGCCAUAAGCCUGGUCCCGGACGAUUGGCAUGGCUACGCGCGCGCAGCCAGCUUACUACAAGAAGUCUGCAAGCCCAAGGAGGCUAUCGCGAUGGCAAAUAUGGCCAUAUCCCGACUCGACCCCACAGACACGCUACGGCUUAGGAAGCUGAAUGAGUUGAAGGACCAAGCAGGGGAAGCUCAGAGACGCAUGGUCUGCCACUUCGACAAACUGCCGGUGGAAAUGAUCACUGUCAUCUUCGACAUGGUACUUGAAACGAAAUGGGGUCGCGUAUUGGACUUGUGGCGGGUAUGCAAACAUUGGCAUGGAAUCGCUCUGGAGACCCCGAGGUACUGGACGACGCUCGCUCUGAGCAAACACCGUCCCGCUCAGCAUGCCCAAAAGUGGCUUGAACGAUCGAAAGGAAGAAUCCGGCGCCUCUCGCUGGACCCCACAUUUUCUUUAACAACCGUGGAACUAAACGGGCUCUCCUGGGCACAUUUGCGAACCUUGACACUGGAUGAGUCGCUGCUUGGGAUCGAACUGGCUAUCGCGCAGGCACAUGCUAUAUCACAACUAGAGGAGCUGCAUGUGGUCAGAAUCGCUCGCAGCUGCGAUGCACUGGUUGCUCUACCGUUGCGGAAACUGGUGCUCUACGAGGCGCUUUUUUCGUGGGAAACACUGUGUGCUAGGACCGGCCUCUCCUCGUUGGAGAUCCGUCUUCCGCGUUCAGUUCUUACGACGCAGCGACUGAUCGAGCUCCUGGAUGCCAAUCAGAAUGAACUCGAACAGCUUGUCCUCGAGCUUAGAAUGGGCGACUCCGCUACAUUCCCAACUGAGCCAGUAAUCGCAUUACCUCGUCUGCGUAAUCUACAACUGAGCGGCUCCAAUUGGAGUCCCAACAUUCUGAGAUUGGGGACCAUGCCAUCUUUGGAGGUCCUCCAGCUCUCUGGUAUUCGGAGACUGGAUCUCAGUCCUUUGAUCACCUUGACACCUCCCCUCUUGAUCCUCAGCAUCACCAGCUGUAUUCUAGCCCGAGGCGAGUUGCAGAAACUCUUGGAGGCGACACCCCUGCUCCAUACGUUACGGCUUACGCGACUGGAGGCCGUCAACGGGAUCCUGGAAUCCUUGGGCCGACGAAGCGAGACAGUGCUCUGCCCUGCCCUGUUGAAUCUGGACGUCUCCCACUGCGCGGACGUCAGAACCGGCCCAAUUAUCACGCUUCUGAAGCUGAGGAACCCGCCCCUCGCAUCGAAUGAUUCGGAUUCGGUCACCAGUCGGAUUCAGACUAUCGCGGCAGACGGAUGUCCGAAGAUCGAAGCCGCGUGUAUUCCCUGGAUCAGUGCGCAAGUCCAGGCGUUCACGUGCAUCUAUCUCGACAAAAAGGCAGCGUCGUGGAAGCGGUAG